CCGCGUUUCACUAGAUUGGGACCGUUACGACUGACUACAUUACCUACGCUCCUACACGAAGGCCCCUAUUGUGAAGACGUUGGCUCUUGUGCCUGGGCCGCCAGUACCACAUCCCAGUCCACGUUCAACCUCCACCACGACGACGACGACCUCGACUUCCCCCCGACCAUCACCACACCGCCUCCUACAUGUCACCGCCGACGCAAGCACUGGGCUAGAAGGCGCCGACGCGGUCACGCUUCAGCCCACUUCGUGCGGGUGAAGGAGUGAAUGGCAGCGAGCGAUGGUGGUCAUCUACAAUGUCGACCGACCGUACUAACCGCCCACUCAAGCCCACACUUGCUUCCACCAGGACUGCUGCCUCUAGGACUCCUCUAACCCCACGCAUUGCUGGCAGUGCCGGGACUACGACAGCAGCAACACCCGCACCUGCGAGACCUACUGCGCCCCGAGUUGCAGCGCGAGCGCCGUUGCUAUCACCACGGAUCAGGGCACAGGAAAACACCCCAGCAAAGGAUACUGCCCGAAAUGGCAACAUCACACCACGAUCGUCCGCGAGAAAGUCGAGAAUCGGAACGAACAGUGGGUCCACCUCUCCUGCGAAUGACGAUGCUCCGAGUGAUGCCAGGUCGCGAAACACAACAGGACAUGGUGAUGCGGCAGCAGGAAGAAACAGCACUGUCAGUGGUUUGAGUCUGGGACCAAGUCUUGGUGUGCCGAGCAGAACGCGAGCGAGUAAGCCGAGUAGUGUUGCGGGUGACAAUAAACUGCGGGUUGGUCGUUCACCUCCACUGGCACGCUCCCCAGGCGUCGCAGACUCUGGACAGUCUGGUGACAGCGAUAGCUUUGAGAAACGCUUCUUUCAUGCUAGCGACGCGAAGAAGCAGGAGCUUCCGCCCAAGAGACCAGAGCCGAAGAAAACGCCGAGCUUUUUCUAUGCAGAUGGCCAUCAGGACCAGAAGUCUAACCCACCAAAAUCGUCCUCACCAGUGCUGUCUGCUGUGGGUGAGAAGCGUUCGCCUGGGCUUUUCUUCAAGGCAGAAUCAAAUCCUUUAAAGAGUCCCACAAUGCUCUCUCCCGCGUUCAAUCAAUCCUCUGCCAGUCUGUCGUACUUUCCGCCCACGGGGGCUCUCUCUCCAUUGAGGUCACCAUCGCCUAGCAAGGAAAACAUACAUUUAUCUUAUAGGAAGGGUGCAUCUCAAAUUUUUGGGAUGCGAUCAACGCCGAGACCGCAACCAUCCACUCCCGAUGUCAACUCUGCGCCUAUGUUCCAGGAGCCACGACAUCCGGGUACACUAAUGAUGCACCGCAAGUCAUCGAGCCUGUCUUCCAUCAAUUCUGGCAACGAACAAUUGCGGCGGCGGUCCAACACAGCGCUCGAAGUAUCAGUACCAAGUUCGACAUUGACCCAAGAGAUUCUUCCGACUACCAUGUCCCAGAUGACAAGUCCAGUUAUCGGAAUGCCACCGAACGAUACAUCCUGGACACCGUCAGCUGUCGUUGGCUCUCCUUCAGAGUCGGCGUUGAGUCCUACCAAGACUGUAACGCAACUAGCAGCCGAUGCUCGACGCGAGCGCAAGGUGCUUGACCUCGAGAUAUCCAAUAGUUCACUCCUCGCGAUCAACUCUAGUUUGGAGAGGGAAUUGCGUAGACAAAAGGCAGAAUUAAAGCGUUUUCGGCGACUUUCCCGUGCCGGUCGCUUGUCGUCGGCAACACAUAAACUACCACGAAGUGUCUCUGGCGAACUUGAGACUCUCGGUGAGGAGGACGAUGACGAAGAUGUGCAUAGCAUGCCACCUGGCUGGGACGAGGACGACGAGAGUGAGUCAGAAGAAGAGGACAGCCUGAUCAGUAGCAGCGAGACACGUUCACCUGCCGCAACAAGUGAACGCCUUGCCAAGGACGAGAAGCGUUUGAAGGUUGACCUAGAACGGCAUCGAGAGUUACUGGUACAGAGCCAGGCAAUGAAUCUGAGCUUGAAACGAUGCAUGUAUGCGACAGAUGAAAUGAUCCGUGAUGGGAGAAAGGCUCUGGAAUACCAUGUCCGAGUUUCCGACGUCAAGCUUGGAGGGCGCAUCUUGGACCAGGAGGAGGAUGAUGAUGAAACGCAGGAUCUUACCAUUGACGAUGAAGUGGACGAGAACCACGAGGAUGGUGUAGAGAAUGCCAAAGGAUUGCUCGACGUGUGGCGAGGCGUUGGUCGGCCGACGUUCGAAGGCAGCGAAGGCUCUGGGCGUGACUCAGGCAUUGAAGUCGACAAGUCCUACGGGUUCGUAUCGGCCAGAUACUCCAACGCAUCGAAUACGACUGCAGAUUCUGGACGACCGCCCGAGCAUGUGAGCUAGAAGCUGGCAUACGAGACGUACCCGAAUCUGGCCCUUGCACGUGCAAGCAAGACCCAAAGCAGUAGCAGCACCACGUAAGACGCCAGGAACUAUUGCUCCGCUGCACGCCGGGACGGGCGAGCAUUCGCAUAGCUUGCCGCCAUCGCGGGAGGCUUGGAGCGCCCUCGCGAAUGGAUGCCUCGUUGCUGAGGAUGUGUCAGCUAUGCCGGCAAAUCGCAUCUUCCUCUCGUUUGCCAAGGAGCCCAUCGGUGGCAGCUCUGAGCACAGAGGGUUGACGGUGGUUCCUGAUGAUCAUGUUUGACUUUUGGCCUGUGCGCAGCUGGUACCUGCAUCGUUGCUUUUAAGCUUGUUUUGUUGUACAUAUGUUUGCGUGAUGAUACCCACCCAUAUCGCUUCGGUUUCUUUUGUUCGGCGGCCAUGAGGCGUUGGUGUCUGCGAUACCCAUAAUGCUGCGUUCGUUGUGUGUUUGUGUGUGUGUGCGAGAAGUUCUGUGAUAUAGACUCCACUCCAAUCGAAACCGUC